CGCAUCUUCCAUAUAUCCAAGACACAGAAUUUUAUCUCGCUGCAUUUUCAUCCCUUCGCUUCUGGGACCUCUGUGGCGUGUUGCUAACCCUUAGCAACCAUGGAAGGAACACAUUUAACGGUAUAGACCAAUCGGCUUCAGCGAUGUUAGGACGUUGAAAACGUCAGUUUUGGUCCUCCUCGGUCCUCAUGUAGAGGUGUGUGACUUUGGCACAGCGCACACUGUGAAACACUAUGUAGCCUAACUUGGCUGUUAGAUUAUGGUACUGAAAAAGACAAUGCAUGGUGUGUCCACAUGAUAAGCUUUGAAAGCGUUUAUUGACAAACGAUUGUGCGAGGGCUGCCAGGACAGUUUUGGUUGAACUUCCGUUUGAUGCAAAGCUUGUCAACCACUAAAGUGGCAACUUGAUAGCUAGCAAGCUAUCGAUAGCUAGCAACCGUUGCUAAGUUAGAAAGCUAAACUCAAAGCUAAGGUAACGUUAACUUGUUUGCUUUCAGGGGAAUUGAUCUCGACUCUAGCAGUAUGCAUUCUUUAGUUUUAGUUGACGUCAGUCCUUCUUUGAAAUAACUUAAUGUUAAUUACGUUGACAUGAAUCCGUGACUGCGCUCAAGUAAGCCUGCAUUCUGUAACGUUAACCUAGCAAGCGCAUUUGUUGUGCAGGUUUUCUUCAUGUCGACAUGUCAGCUUAGUAGCUAGGUAGAUUGCCCUGAGUUUGUGCUGUAAAUUAUGUUAAAACCAUAGGGCUGAUGAUUCAGCGUUAGCAAGCGUGUUUCGAAGUGUGCCCCUCAAUCGCGAGAUUUGGGCGUAGCUAGUUGCAAGUUUGGGAGCCUGAGCGCUAUCGAGUAUUAACACCUCGUUGUGGGCCAGGUCGAUGCUGGGAACAGACAUACGGCAAGAGGCAGGUUCUGAAAGCUGAGAUUUGCUGGUUGCCAUUUGGGUUGUCGUAGAAUUGCGAUUGUGCAAUAAAUCAUGCUGCUGUCUUUGGUUGUACACACGUACUCUUUGCGGUACUGGUUUCCAGCCGCGGUUAUGCUGGGCACUGCCCCGGCAUACUUGCUCUCAUGGAGUGCUUGGCGUCUCUUAUCCACCGUACUACCAUCCAAACUGUAUCACACAAUGGACGACCGCAUAUAUUCGGUCUAUCAGAGUAUGGUCCUGUUCUUCUUCGAGAACUACACAGGGGUCGAGAUCAUCAUUUAUGGAGACAUACCAAAGAAAAAAGAGAAUGUAGUCUACCUUUCCAAUCACCAGACCACAGCGGAUUGGAUCAUUGCUGAUAUGCUAGCUAUCAGACAGAAUGCACUUGGCCAUGUAAGAUACGUCUUAAAAGAUGGUCUGAAGUGGCUCCCCUUGUACGGAUGGUAUUUUUCUCAGCAUGGAGGAGUUUAUGUGAAGAGAAGUGCCAAGUUCAAUGAAAAGGCCAUGACAAAGAAGCUUUUAUCUCAGACAAAGUUGGGAACACCAAUGUACCUGGUUAUUUUUCCUGAGGGAACCCGCUACAACCCUGAGAACAGAAAGGUGAUCAGUGACAGUCAGGCCUUCGCCACUAAAGAAGGAUUGGCAGUGUUGCAACAUGUUUUGACACCCCGGAUGAGAGCUUCACACAUUGCCAUUGAGGCCAUGAAAGAUCACCUAGACGCUGUGUAUGAUGUCACAGUAGCGUACGAAGGAACCAUGGCACCAGGAGGACAUAGGCAAUCUGCCCCAACAAUGCCAGAAUUCCUCUGUAAGGAGUGCCCAAGGGUCCACAUCUACUUUGACCGUGUGGACAUCAAGGAGGUCCCUUCGGAGCCUAUGUUUUUCCGCAGGUGGCUGCACGAGAGAUUUGAACUCAAAGACAAACUGCUGAGCAUUUUCUAUGAAUCGGAGGAGCCCGCCCUGAGGUGUACGUUCCCUGGAGAGGCUCGAAGUUCGUCGCUAAGCCUCACAAAAACAUUGCCCUCGCUGGUCAUUCUCAGUGGCUUGACCUUGCCCAUGCUCAUGACUCCAGCAGGCCGAACGCUCUACUUCAAAACCUGGAUCUACGGGACUCUCAUAGGGUGGCUAUGGGUACACCUUAGCCCAUGAGCAAAAGGAGUCGACUGCCAUAACUCUUCUCAUAUCGGUAUGGACAGGCCAUGCUCUAGAUUUCCCUCCUAUGGUGUAGGGGUACAAUUUUUUUCAAAAAAAAAAAAAAAGAACUGUUCAAUUUUUUGGAGCUACAGUCAUCCUGUUCACAGAGAUGUACCCCAAACCUCUUAUUGUUUUAGGAGAAAAGAAGGUACAGUGUUUUGUCCCUGGUGUUCUAUUCCCAUCUGCCAUAGCCUUUCAGUCGUAUCAAUUCAUCUCCUAGAAAAAUGUGUGUAGUGGCCAUUCUCACUUCCACCCAUUCAUAGUUUAGAUUGUAUAUAGGAGAAAAAAGAAGGAAAUGCGCUGAAGAAAAGAGAAGGUUAUUAGAAUGUUCUUGUUUCUAUGGCUUUGAUUUGGUCUUGCAUUUAUGCUGUCUUUGAAUGUCAUGUUGAACGUGCGUGCGUGCGCGGCUUUAGCUUGGAUGUGAGAAUCAUGGGUAGUCUGCAUACUAGUUUCUCAAUUGCAAAACUUUUAAUACAUAUGCCCUCUACGCACAAAUAAAAUUGUAUACUUAUUUCUUACAUAAUAAAUACUUUAACUUAGAUGCCAAGGUUCAUUAAAUAUGUGUGCUUCAAUGUUAAGCGAGAAAUGACCAUUUCACUAUCAGUUUCAGUAUAUUACAGAAGAACUUGGCAUGGUGAGAAAAAACUUUUUUUCUGGAUUUGAGUAUUUGUACUGUUUUUGAUUUAUUGCCAAAUGCGGGGGGAAAGCAAUACAUCCACUUUAAAAAAAAAAAAAAAAAAAAAAGAUGCUAUAUAGAGAAUAUGAAUGAAUUAAGUUCCUGUUGAGCUUAAUGCGAUUUUGGUGUGUGCUGCCUUUAGUAUUCUAUGUGAUGCCACCAGUGAGAGAGGCCAAGGGGGAUACCAGUUAUGUAGUCUCCGUUCUGUUCUAUGGUAUGUAGCACCUGCUCUGAUGCACAGUAUGUUACAGUUAGUUACAGCUACAAGUAUUUUAAACAGUCGCUUGUCUGUCUUUUCCUUCCUUUAUUUCGGGUUGGUCCUUGACAAAUUUCCUCCACAUAUACAGUAUGUCUGUAUGCAGAAAUGAAGGUGGCUUGGCAGGUGUAUGUGUGUUUGUAGUCAGCAACAUUGCUGGUCGUGGCAAGUGGUAAAAUAGCUGUUCCAUUAAGCAGCAUCUAUGUUGAAGUGCUACUCAGUCGCAUAGCUGUGUGCCUUGGGCUUUUAGGGGGAUUGUCCUUGUCCACAUGCGGGAGCAGGGUCCUAACCUGUGGAAGCUAUCUCGCUGAGUCCCCCUACAGGGCAGUAGCUGAAUUACAGAGUCAUAUCACAGCGUUUCAUUUGCUAUGAUUUGCAAAAAUGUGGACUCUUUUAAAAAAAAGUUUUGGGAGAGUGUACAACAUAAUGUGCAAAGCAUCUUUGUCACAAGCAGCUUUUUCAUGCAUUAUUUACCAGAUAGCUCUGUAUGAAUGUUAAAAGUAGUCAGAAACCAGUCACUUCUUACACCAAGUCCUUUGCUUAUGUGUUUAAUCAGUUUAUGCAACUGCUGUAUGUUAGAGUGUAUUUAUAUAAUUUGCAUUGCACAAUCAGCAACAUCAACAAUACAUUGCAUUUAUGUAGCGCUUUAACAAGGCACCUUAAGUGAUUUACUGUGAAGCUUGAUUUUAACUAACCACCACCAAUGUGUAGCACCCACCUGGGUGGCGCACGGCAUCCGUUAUACCAGUGUGAGAUUGAAAGUGGUGGAAUUAAUCAGCCAAUUACACUGGGGGAUGAUUAGGUUGCCAGAUCAGGCUAAUUAUGAUGGGCUUAUCUGUGUUUCAGAAACAUGCACUGGUAGUGACUCCCAAAAAAAUGUGGAGUUGGGAAACAAAUAUAAAAAGAAAAGGUGCCCCUAUUCAUACAUCAUGUAAUGUAGUGAAUUUAUGGUGCAAUUAAUCAGUUUGUGUAAAAUAUCCCUACCGUGUUUCUUUUCUGUGUUUAGGCCUAUCAUAAUUACAUUUUGUGUAGUCAUCUCAGAAUUAUACGUUAUUAGAAUGUAUUUGUAUCGUUUACAUCAAUCGUCAGCUUUGUGGACCUUUUGAUAUUUGCAAAUUGUUCAUACAUCACAAUUUUGCAGUACUUUACCUUUAUCCAGUGUUUAAAAUGAAACGGUAUCAGACAGAGUGGAACUGUGCUAUUUUUUCCACCUCAAAUUUAAAUUUUUACAUCGAAAAAGAACUACCUCUCCAUCUCUACAUUUUAACUGCAGAGACUCUUAUAUGUUUACCAGAUAUGAUGAGCAUGGCUACGGUAUGGAGACUCUUAUAUGUUUACCAGAUAUGAUGGGCAUGGCUACGGUAGAUCACAUUGACUGGUCCAGACCUUUGUGACGAAGAUUUCAGAAUGCAGUUUAGUCCAGGAAUAAAGUCUGUCCAGAGUGGAGUGGGGAGGGAGGGAAGGGCAAGGACCCUGUUUUGCACUUGAUGCUUGUGGCGUAAAUGCGGCUCUGAUUUGUAAAAAAUAUUAUUUGCAUGUCAAUAUUGUCUGGUGUGUGGGGGGGUGGGGGUAUCUGCUUUUUAUCGUGUAACCUGGCCAAAAUGCCCAUUUGGCUUUCCAACAUGAUUAAGAUUAUAAUAAAAAAAAAUAUAUACUGGAAAAAUAUCCAGAUUCCUACUGCAGGUUUUGGGGAAUGGUUAAUUUCUUAGCAUAUUGACUAUGGGUUCUUUUCCCAGAUUGUGUCUGUGAGAGGUCAUGCAGGUAGGCACAUUUUCUAAAGGGGUGACAAUAAUGAUGGAACUUUUCAUACUGUCUUUGUGUUCUUUUAUGCACAUUGUCCCACAACAAUAAGUCCCUAAAUUAUUUUCAUAUAUGUAUUGUAUUGUGUGCAAUGUGUUUAUAUACAUUUGUCUUUCCAUCCAAGUGCCCUGCCAUGUAAUUUAAGCAGCUCUUAUAUUUUUCUUCAUCCGAUUUGUGUGCUCACACAUCAUCAUUAAAACAAC